CGCUGCUCAAGAUCAGCUAAGCAAAGACAACAUGAGUAAACUACGCAUACUUUGCCUUCACGGCUUCACAUCCAAUGGCAAUGUCCACAAACACCAGGUUCGCAAUAUCACAAGUCAGUUCUCAUCCGAGUUUGAGUUCAUCUUUCCAGAUGGCCCUUAUAAGGUCGAUCUAGCAGAUGGAAGUCCUUCCGAAUUGGCAAAAAUUAGGCUCUGGAUAGACUUCGUCGCUGCAAAUUCAACAUCUGGACAUCGCGCUUGGUGGUUCGCUAAAGACCCCAACCCUGCCACGAAUGACCUGGGUGGAUUCCAAGGUCUCGAGAAGAGCCUUGAAUACAUCGGCAGGCUCAUUGAGAAGUCCGGUCCAGUGCAUGCUAUCUGGGGCUUCAGUCAAGGGGCCUGUUUCGCUGGAUUUCUGACUUCGCUGCUUCAUGAGAAACAACGGGGCCACCACCUGAGGCAGCAUCUCCCGCAGCAACAGGGACUUCCCAGAGUCGGAGUCUACUUCUCUGGCUUCAAAGCGAGGUUUGCGCAGUAUGACAGCGUUUAUGAACAUGGCAUUGAAGUUCCGACGUUGCAUAUUAUGGGCGAGCAAGAUCAUGUUGUCAGGAUUGAGAGAAGCGAGACGUUGAAGAGUGUUUGUCGUGAUCCCAGGACAUUGAAACAUGGAGGCGGACAUAACAUACCAGAAUCAGAAGAGGAUAUGGCAAUAGUAGCCAAUUUCCUUCGCGAGGCUUUGGAAUCAAAAAGCAGAGAGUCAUUAUAGACAGGCUAUUGGGGGUACUUUGCUGCCUUAAGCGAGAGGAAAUGGGGGUCACCAUUCACCUUUGCUUCUGGAUGCAUCAACUCUCAUGCCAAGAGACACAUGCUCCUGAUGCGAAGUUUUCAAGGGAAUGUCCUAGGUCCGUCAUUACCGAUACUGUAGCAGCAAGUACUGUUAUAGUCUAGCUAUAUUCUUACUAUAUAUGUUUUAAGAUAUGAUAGACAUUAGAUGUCGAAAUCACUGUGUUGC